GAGGAGGAGGAGAACCGACGAGAAGGAGAGAAAGAGAGAGAUAGAAGCCACUGCCGAGAGAUAGAGAAAUGGCGGCGCUGGUGGCAGGUGUCCAGUAUGGUUUGUCGUCGCACAGCAAUUUUCACGAGAACAAAUCGCUCAUCUUCGUCAAGCUCACGGAUUCGGCGCAACGUGCCAUCGAGGACUUUCUUAGGAAUCGGAAUAAGACCAGCCAGAACCCUACGAUACAGUUCCUAGGAAACGAGGGGCAACUGUCGUUCCCAUCCACGCAAUCCAGCCAUGGCUCGGCGGGCUUCACCUUCAGCCUGUCCGGCAAUCAGGACAUCGAGGGACCUCAGGGUGGCUUCGAGUGCAUUCAACAAACAGGUCCAACGAGUCUGGAAAGUCUCGGAGCGUUGCCGUGUAAAAUGCGGAUACAGGCGAACGACGACGUCUACGAGACAACUAGACAUCGAAUGGCAGUGGCAGAAGAAAAUAAUAAGAACAAAUGCACCAGGGUGAUCAAAGCGAACGGACCGGACAUCGGUCGAAAGGUGAAAGUUAAAAGUACAGGGCGAACGAUGCCACUGGCAUCGAACAAUCCGAGACAUCGGGAACCGUCCUCGUCGAACGUUCAGCCAUCGUCCAUCGGUGGUAAUCAAUCGAGAUUGUCUUCCACCUACAAACCGGCUCCUAGCAGUAAUCCAUCGAUCGUUCGUAAUCAACCGGAGAAAAAGGUCUCCGACAUCAUGCGCAGACCUCUCAAAGAACGGCUGAUACACCUACUUGCUUUGCGACCAUACAAGAAACCCGAGUUGUACGAUCGCAUCAGCAGAGAAGGAAUAAAGGAACGCGAACGCAGUAGCAUGACAACGAUUCUGAAGCAAGUGGCCUUCAUGCGGGACAACACGUAUCAUCUGCAUAGGUACGUUUGGAACGACGUCCAGGAAGAUUGGCCGUAUUACACGGAACAGGAAAAGGCCAUGUUGAAGAGAAGGAAACCUCAGAACCUUACGCCACCUGGAUCCAGCGAUGGUGGAUCUAGCGGUAGCGGACAGUCACCGAAUUCCGUUCAUCCGGGUUCGCCUCCGGCGAUAACGGGGCCCCCACCAAAUCUUCUUAGCAAGAGACCUGGCUAUUAUCAGGGUAACGACGGUUUGCCGACGAAGAAGCCACGAAUAUCGCAUUAUAAAAAGCCCGAACCAAGCUCGAACGCAUCCUCGUCUUUGUCUUCCACUUCUUCCAAAGCCGGUGAGAGCGGAAGGACGACAGGUAGUGGUGUUGUCAGUGGUGGUGUGGUCGUCGGUGCCGGUAUUGGUGGGAAUGCCUCUAACGGUAGUGGCAUCGGUGGUAGUGGUAGUGCUAGUGUAGGUACUAGCGGUAACGCUAGCUUAUUUGAUGUCUGGGACCAGAGACAGCAGCAGCAGCAGCAGCAACAACAACAACAACAGCAGCAGCAGCAGCAACAACAACAACAACAGCAACAACAACAACAACGCGAACGCCGUACCGAUUAUCGGGCCGAAAGAACAUCGAACAGUGAAGUGUUACGAGGUGGCGGAAGCUACGCCAGCGGCAAAACUUGUUCACUGACGAUGAGUAACAACAACAACAACGGCGACGCGAGCAAUCAAAACGACUCCGGUAUCUCGAGCACCGAGAGCAAUACCACGAACGUCAACACCGUCAGCCAUAAUUCCCAUAAUAGUCUAACUCAUAGUAAUUCAACGUGCAACAGUCGUAAUCACCACGGUGUCGGUGCUGCCGGUGGUAGCGGCGGAGGUGGCGGUAGCGGUAGCGGUGGCGGCGGCGGUGGUGGUGGUGGUGGUGGUGGUGGUGGUGGUAGUGGUGGUGGUAGUAGUGGUGGCAACGGCGGUUCUAGCAGCAAAUCGACGUCAGCUAAUAGCGAAAACAGCAUUGGUUCGAGUGUAGAUCAUAUUGCGCGCAACGUGGCUAAUUCCACGAGCUGUUCCGGAAACGUCGCCCUGGGUGGAGUCAGUGUCGGUGCUGGUGGUGGUACCAAUAGUACUAGCGGUGGUCACAGUGCUAUGCCAAACGGUACGAUCAACGAGCGAAAAGACAGAAGCGAUCGGGUUCGAGGCGAUAGAGAGAGAGAAUCCAGAAAGAGAAGUAGUGCCAGCAACGGCGGCACGUCGCUCUCGGCCAUGGAUCACAAUCUCGUGAAUCUUCCUGUCUCCGAGUACAACGAUAACGCCGAUGACAACACCGUCACGACGUCUACGUGCAACGUCGAUUUGCCGGAUAGCCCCAAGUUUACCGACUACCCUAGCUACCUCGCAUAUUAUACGACAAUAAGCAGCCUGGAACAGAGACGACGUUAUAAAGCUGAAUUUAACGCGGACUACGAGGAAUACAAAAGAUUGCACGCUCAAAUGGCGAUGGUCUCGGGACGUUUCAAGCAAUUGGAGGAGCGCCUGAAGGAAGAGGAAGCGAUGGGCAAUGUAGAGGGAUGCAAGGAGGUCAAACGGCAAAUUCUCAUGGAGUAUAACGAAACGAAGCGCGAUCCGAUGCAAAGAGAAACGAAACGUCGUUUCCAUUAUCUGCACGAAAAGUUGAGCCAUAUAAAGAGACUGGUACUAGAGUACGAUACGCUAAACAGUAGCGGAAGCAUGAUGCUCAUGACGGUGAUGGCCAAUCGCAAGAUGGGUGACACGGGCGAAAUGGAUACUAUACAUUACUGACAUACGAUGAAAAGGCCGGCUUUCUUUGACUACGUCUGUUCUCGGUUGUCGGUACGCUACAGUCGCGACUUGGUUCUUGUCGCAGAAUUUGCAUUUUCUCGGCAAAGUUGCAAGGCUGAACUUCUUAACGGUCCUUAUGGUUCCUGGAUUAAUUAUCGCCGAAAAACUAAACUUAACUGAACUGAAUGGGGGUUGCGCGACUCGAAAACGAACGCCGUUCGACGAAUCCUCCUGCCUGUAUUACGAGAAUCGAUAGGGAGAACGCGUUUCCAAUUUUAUUCUCCAGUUUUUCGACUUUCUCCAUUUGCGCAGAGAGCACAUCGCGACGAGCGCGCGCGAUCGAACUGGCGUUUUGAAUUCGACCAAUGCUAGCUUCUCGGUUUAUCGCAGAUUAUAUAAAACACGAAAAGGCUGACGACAAUCGGUACGUUUAAAUGGCAAAGAUGCAAAAUAAAAAAGAAAAGAAAAAAAAAAACACA